UUGCUCGCUCUUAGUUUCCACCCGAGCCGCUUUACGUGCGCUUGUUUUUAGCUGUAGAGGCGUCUGCGGUUUCUCACAACACUGACCGAAAUAAAGGAUUUGGGCCUCGAGUGAGCGGCUAAUGGGGCGAAGCAGGAGCAGAACACCACCACGACGAGAGAGACGCCGCUCUCGCUCGUCAUCCCGGGACCGCAGACGCAGAGAGCGAGAUCGUUCGCGGUCUCGAGACCGGGACAGGCGGAGGAGCCGCUCACGCUCACCACACCGCCGGAGGUCCAGAUCUCCACGGCGACACCGUUCGUCUUCGCUCUCCCCGGUGCGGCAGAAGGACAGACGGGAGGAAGACAGGAAGGAGGUGAAAGAGAAGCCUGCAAAGAUACACCAGAUAUCAGCUGAGGACAUGCAGGGCAAGACAGAGGAGGAGAUUGAGAUGAUGAAGCUCAUGGGCUUUGGCACCUUUGACACCACAAAGGGCAGGAAGGUGGACGGUUCUGUAAAUGCAUAUGCUGUCAAUGUGACCCAGAAGAGAAAAUACAGGCAAUAUAUGAACAGGAAAGGUGGGUUUAACAGACCUCUGGACUUCAUCGCUUAAAGGAGACAGAAGUCACGCUCAAGGUUUCAACGACUUUGGUCUCGCUUUGCUCUGUGUAACUUUGUUCUGCUGCGUACAGUUAAAUAGUUAGAUUUUUUUACAUUAUAGCUUCCUUUCAUUGCCCUAUGUCUUUGUGGAUAUUUGUGAAAGGACUGCUGUGGAUAGCUUGAAUUUGUGUUGUGGUUUCAAAUCGAAAUAAAUUUUGAAAAAUUGCA